AUGGAGAACUCAGUUACCAGAGUUAGAGAUAUAAGUAGCUUGGAAAUAGCCAGAGAACGCCAUUCAUCUUCUGAUUUCUCCAACUUUGAGACAGAAUCUGUGCACCACACAGACAAGGAGAUUCAAGCAGAUCUGGAUCAUACUAGCAAUCUGGAAGGGUCUGAAUAUUUUUAUCAAGGUGGCAAUGUAGAAUUCAAGGACAUGCAGGCAGGAAUUGAGUUUGCUGUUCAGAUAACCCCCAUUAAAGAUUCCAAAAAGCAUAAGGACAACAUGGAUGCUGCAAGGGAGACUCCGGGUUCUUCCUACUUUCCUGAUGAUAUGACAGAAAUCUUAGACAACAAGAGUCAAGCAGAGCAGAUGGUAAUCACCACACAAAGAGGCGGCAAUGCUCUACCACCAGAAAUAUACCCCAGGAUAGGUGAGGCCAACAGUUUGGAAAGAAUGGGUCAUCUGAACAGAAGGCAGAUCACAACCACUGAUCUUGAUCUGGAGAAGAUGAGGCUGGAUGGUGCCAUGGUUAGGCUAAAAUAUAGGCAUGAAGAUAAUGAAAAGCGACGUCUGCAUGAAGAAAAAAUGGAACAGCUACGCCAAAAGGCUUCCUCUCAAUCAAUUGGACAACAGCUCCAUGAAUUAUUCCAGCCCCAAAACCAGUAUGCCCUAUUUUUUUUCUGCUUCAUCUUUAUCCAUGUUAUUUACACAGCAAGGGAACUGGUUUUCUAUUUUAUUACAAAGCAUCACAUAUUCUGCUAUGCCAUUUUGCUGUAUCUUGGUUUCUUGAAGAUUAUCAUGGAUUACAAACAGAGAAAAAAACAACCUUGGAAUGGCAGCAGGCUCUAA